CAUAUUACAAAGAAAAGAAAAUGAAUAAAAUCCUCUUCUUCUAUCCUUGUAACACAUUACUACUAACUACUACUACUACAAUGGCUUCUAUACUCUCUCACUGCUCUUCUUCGUCUUCCUUACUCAACCUUAAUUAUACUAAUGAUACCUCACUUUCCUUCUCUGCUAACUUAUUAUCCUUUUCUCGCUCACAAUUCCUUAAUAGCGCUUCUCAAAAAAAGAACAACAACGACAAUUAUAGAAGCUAUACUGUAAAGUGUGCACUUGCAAAAACUAGAAUGCCUCCUUCGCCUGCUUCUGAUGCAUACAUUAGAGAGCCCCACAAAUAUUUUGAUGAGGUGGUUAUCAUGGUUCGUGCUGGAGAUGGAGGGCAUGGUGCCAUUCUUAGUAUGCCCAACCAUAAAGCUCCAUCUAAGUCACAAGGAAAAUUUGGCAGAAAUAAGACAAAGAAGAAAGCCUCUUAUAAAAGGGACUCUAAUGGCUCGAUAGUCCUUCCAAUGGGGGGACAUGGUGGCGAUGUGGUCAUUUAUGCAGAUGAGAGCAAAGAUUCACUGUUGGAGUUUCACAACAAGAGCAAGCACAAGGCAAAGCGUGGGGGUAAUGUUGAUUCCGUGGGUGUGUUAACAUCUUACUUGCAAAAUGGAGUUGCUGCACCAACAUUGCGAAUUCCUGUUCCACUAGGUACUGUUGUCAAACUUAAAAAGGGAAAGUUUUUGGCAGAUCUAGCUAAUCCAAGUGAUGAAGUUCUUGUUGCAAGGGGAGGACAAGGAGGGAUUAGCUUGUUGGAAGUUCCGGAGCACAAAAGGAAACAAAUGACGACUUUAACAGCAAAUAUAAUGAGAGAUGACACUGAUAAGGUUUUAUCUUUUGGUCAGCCUGGAGAGGAAGUUAGCCUGCAGUUGAUACUGAGAGUUGUUGCAGAUGUGGGUCUUGUUGGACUUCCAAAUGCUGGAAAAUCAACCCUACUGGCUGCCAUUACACAUGCAAAGCCUGACAUUGCUGAUUAUCCAUUUACAACGCUGAUGCCAAACCUUGGACGUCUUGAUGGCGACCCAAGUUUAGGGGCAGACAAAUAUUCGUCUGAAGCAACUCUAGCAGAUCUGCCUGGUCUCAUAGAAGGUGCACAUUUGGGAAAGGGUCUAGGGCGUAAUUUCUUGAGGCACUUGAGGAGAACAAGAUUGUUGGUCCAUGUCGUUGAUGCAGCUGCUGAGGACCCAGUCAGUGAUUACAGAACUGUAAAAGAAGAACUGCGGAUGUACAAUCCUGAGUACCUUGUCAGGCCGUACCUUGUAGUGUUAAACAAGAUUGAUAAACCUGAGGCAAUAGACAGGCUUCCCACCUUAACUGAAGAAAUAUGGAGAAUUGGGUGUGAGAGAAUAUCUUCCGAGCCUGUCACAGGUUCCGGAGCUGUGGCUGAGUCCAUUUCUGUUGACGAGGGCCGAAACAGUGAGCUUUCCAACACAUUAUCUUUUAAGGAUCAGAAGGUUAAAGAACUUGAAGAGUAUCCACGCCCUCUUGCUGUUGUGGGUGUUAGUGUACUUAAAGGGAUUAAAGUCAAUGAGAUGUUGAAGGCGAUCAGGGCGGCGCUACGUGAAUCCCUAUAAUACAACCUUGCUGCCCAUCUCCAUGCUGGAAAUAAUAUAGCCGCUCUGUGUGAAUAUUCUUUGACACCCAACCCAACCUCUUUGCCUCAUUGCCUCGUUUCUCUGUCUCAUAAUAAAAAAAUGCUUUGUUUUGGUAUAUGUAUAUUUGUAAUAUUAAAAUGUCAAUUAUUUAUACGCAAUAACACAAUACUCUGUUCCAACAGCAUUCCUGUAUAAUUUCAUUAAUAGGAUAUCUAUACUCUAUUCCAACAACAUUCCUGUGUAAUUCCAUUAAUAGGAUAUUGGUAGACUGCUUAAUAGGAUAUUGGUAAACUGAAAGCAGACCUCACCACUAUCUCGUGUAAUUCCAUUAAUAGGAUAUUGGUACACUAAAAGCAGACCUCACCACUACCUCGUAAAGAUAGAGGAGUUGUUUUCAAUAAACACAAUACUCUAUUAUCGUGGUAAAAUUAAUACUUAACUUAGUAAAAUUAAUACUAACUUAACGUAAAGUUGGAAUCAUUUGAUUUAAUUAUAACUUGUUUUGAGAUUGAGGCGUAUACAAUUGAAGUUUGAUAUAAUCAGCAUCUACUACAAUUUCUUAUAAAAUAUGAUUUUGUUGAUGUCAUGACAGGCUAACUAUUUUUUUUUUUAAGUCAAAUUAUUUAUAUUAAUAGCUCGACUUCUCAGUCUUGUGGAUUUGACUGUGUUUCACAUUUCAUAUUUUUCUAUAUUAAUCUUUAAAUAUAGUAGUAAAUUCAGUUCUAGUUUUUCGAAAAGUGACUAUAAUUAAUAGUAAAGGUAAUUUCAAAACUAUAUAAGCAAAAA